AUGACGGGUGCUACGGCAUUGGGACAGUCAUUCGGAGAUCGAGCCCUAAAUUAUCUUUCCCUUCCAGGUGCAUUCCUCGAGGCAUAUCUCAGUCUGACAACGUCGCUUGGGCCAGCCCUACCUGACGAAGAGAUGGACGAGGUCAUGCGCCUAGCGUUGGUCGGAUUAACGAGUGAAGAUCCCGAACUGCGGGCGGCAGGGAUCAGAGCGACGGAGAGAAUAAUCGCGGAGCCGGGGCGACGGAUCGAACAGAUGAAUGGCGCUGACUUGGAUGACGUUAUGGUUGCACUAGAAAACAUAAAGGUGAGAAGCGUAAAUCACGCUAAACAGGACAACCAUGUAUAUGGCCCUAAAUAG